AUGUGGGUAUAUGCUUAUAAAUUUGAUCAAGAUGGGUUCUUGAUUAAGUGCAAAGCCAGGAUCUGCGUACGGGACGCUGAGUGGUUUCUAGGGAUCAGAAUCCUACGAAAUCGCAAAGAGAGAAAGCUCUGGCUAGUGCAGGACAGCUAUUUUGCUAGUGUUGCUGAGCGGUUUAACCUGGCUCACCGAGCUCCGGUCUGGACUCCGGGAACCACGGAGAUCCUAGAGCCAUACGACGGGCAAGCUAUAGCCGAAAGCAUCCACCAAUAUUAG